AUGGCCGCAAUCGCGCAGUAUUCCGGCGGGAUACAAGCUAACGAGCAAAUUAUGUUCACAUGUCUAUCCUGUUCCAUAGCAUUUCCUUCAGCCGAAGAUCAGAGAAUUCACUAUCGGUCGGACCACCAUAGAUACAACAUGAAGCGACGAGUAGCAAACCUUCCACCUGUCUCUGCUGCGGUGUUUAAUCAGAAGGUACUUGAUAGACGGCAGGAGACUGCUAUUAUGGCGUCUUCCAAGGGAUCUGUGUGUGAAGUUUGCAGCAAAACCUAUACGACUGAGAAUGCCUACCGCUCGCACAUCAAUUCGAAGAAGCACAGGGAAAACGAGUUGAAGGCUGCUUCAAGAGACCAAGACGUUCCGAAGCCCGCCGUUAAGGAAGGAUCAGACGAAGGCUCCUCCACGAACGCGGACGAAAAGGAGUCGAACGCAGCAGGACCCUCAAAGCCUAUAUUAACAGUUUCCGCUGACGCCACGGAAGAGGAAAUCGCACAAACCAUAGACCAGAAAAUCGCAGCGGCUCGUUCGCGUCUCUCCCCUCAACACUGUCUCUUCUGUCCACUGCACUCGCCUUCACUGGAGGAUAACCUCACACACAUGUCCACCGCCCAUUCCUUCUUCAUACCAGAUGCCGAAUACCUUGUAGAUCUCCCGGGACUCAUAACGUAUCUCGGUGAGAAGAUAGCUGUAGGUAACGUAUGCAUAUACUGCAAUACACGGAGCCGAGAUUUCCGCUCGUUGGAUGCGGUGAGGAAACACAUGCUCGACAAGAGUCAUCGCAAGAUCGCAUACGACUCCGUGAAGGAAAGGUUGGAAUAUUCGGAUUACUAUGAUUUCUCUUCGAGUUAUCCAGAUUACGAGGAGAGGACGAGAAAGAAGGAAGAGAACGCAGAAUGGGAAGAUGUGGAGGAUGACGAUGCAGAAGUAGAUGAAGUCGUAGACGAAGAUGGAUCUCCAGUCCCUUCAUCGACUGAAGACGAGGAUUCAUCCUCUUUCGAAGAAGACGACGACGAACUACCAGGCGAACAACUAACCUAUGGCGACUCCAACUUCGAGCUAGUCCUCCCGUCAGGUGCACGUAUAGGGCACCGUUCCAUGCGUCGCUACUACGCACAAUCCUUCCCUCGUACAUCCCUUACCGCACAUAACGGUAAAGAUGAAGACCCCAAUUCAGGUGCCGCCCUCGUCCGCCGUCUCAUCGCAGAUAAGAAUUCCGCACUUGUACCACGCAAAGGCGGCUUUGGUGCAUUCGGCAGUGGGACGGACGUCGUCAAGGCGCGCAAUCGUGGUGAAGCCAAGGAAGCGGGCCGACACGUCCGCGAGUUCCGUGAUCAACGACGUAGGGAACAGUUCAAGACGAAGAUUGCAUACAUCAACAAUAACCAAAAGCAUUUUCGCGAUCCCUUGUUACAAGUAACUAUUCAUUCUCUACCUCUUUUUGCACGUACCUCGACUCACUCCACCUCCUUACUUAAUAGUGAAUUUCUAUGUCAACAAACUCCAAUUGCAUAUCCUGUUAGUAUUUCUGUCUCCAUACAUCGGCAAGAGCAUGUAAUAAUUUAG